AUGGCCCUGAAGGAUACCUUCUUUGGCGAGAGACGGCUGUCGCUCGAUACGUUCGUGGGCUCGUUGGGCCUCUCCGGCGUGUCGGCCAAGCUUGCGCGCUCGGUGCGUCUCCCCAUGUUCUGCCACGAUGAGACCGAGUCCGACUGCAGCGACAACGACACCACACUCAACGAUGAGGAUGCAGAUGCCGCGGCGUGGCUCAGCUCGCCGACGCAGAAACGCAAGCUCCUGCCGCCGCUGUUCCGUGGCGCGGCAGACCUCCAUCCGUUCCCGCAGAUGCUGUUCACCGCCAACGACCACCUUCCCAACACAAGCUUGCGGUCGUUUUCGGUACCGCACGAUCUGAUUCCUCGCGUAGACCCGGAGGAGUUCCAUAAGAUCGUCACGGGCGCCUAUGCCAACCGGUUCGACGAACACAUCAUUGUAGACUGCCGCUUUCCCUACGAGUACGAGGGCGGCCACAUCGAGAAUGCGCUCAAUAUAUCCCUGCAACAGCAUCUAGAAAAGGAGUUUGUGGUCAACCGGCCGCCGGCCUUGCAUCAGCCCAAGAAGACGCUUCUAGUGUUCCACUGCGAGUACUCCUUACUUCGUGGUCCCACAAUGGCCGCUCAUCUUCGAAAACUCGACCGUCUUCAUAACGCAGACAGAUAUCCAUAUCUCACAUACCCGGAUAUUGUCGUGCUCGAGGGUGGAUACAAGAGCUUCUUCGACAAGUACAUCCAUCUCUGUGAACCACAGGGAUACGUGGAAAUGAAGGACACCAAACAUAAACGUGUCUGCGAGGUUGAAAUGAACAAGGUGAUCCAAGCGUCCAAACUCAUACGCGCCAAAUCCUUCAACAUUGCCAAGCCACGCCCUCCUAUCACCCACACUCGCUCUGCAUCGCUCACAACAACUCUUUCUUCCUCCGACCUGCUGUUAGCCGUAAUGAACCCGCCAGCGCUCCGCAGAAGCCGCUCCACUAAGGUCCAGAAGCGCAGAGACAGUCGUCCCCUGUUCACCCAAUCUUUAUACAAUCUCUCCCAAGAACCACAUGAACCUAGCAUCAACCCAUUUUCAGCGUCCGAUCAUCUCGACGAGUUUGCACCUCCUCCGGCAUUGUUCAGAGGCCAUGGCAAGAGCCUGUCGAUGCUGCUGCUCUCAGCACAACUGCCUCUGGAGUCUGUGUACUCGGUCGCAACAGCCUAUUCUUCCACUGAUUCCUUGAUGGACGCUCCCUCUCCAUUCACUGACUCGCUCGACGAAUAUGACUUCGUUUCUCCCUCCGUCCCUGCAGCAAAAGGCAGCCAGUGUGCUUCGGCCAAAGUUGUGAGACCUAGGUUAUCCUUGACGCGCUCCAACACUCGGGCUAGCUACGCGCCUCUGCUCGUAUCUCCAACCAUUGCGUCUCCUUUGUUUUCAGGCAUGGGAGGCCUCGGAGGUAUUGACGACUUGUCGGAGGACGAUGCGUUUCUGUCAACCGACCCUUUCUGA